AUGAUGCAGAUAUAUAUUGAUAACAGUGGCUAUGUGAGUGACUUUGAGCUCCAGGAGCUGUUCAGAGAGGCGAGUUUCUCCCUGCCGGGGUACAAGGUGCGAGAGAUCAUGGAGGCCUUCAUCGCUGGAGACACCAACAAGGACGAGAAGAUCAGCUUUGAGGAGUUUGUUUCUAUCUAUCAAGAGCUGAAGAGCAAAGAGUUCAGUGAGACGUUUAGGAAAACCAUCACAAGGAGAGAUGGGAUUCGCUCCUUCGGGGGAUUGUCAGGAAUCUCCAGCGAGGGAACGCAGCACUCCUACUCUGAUGAGGAGAAGGUAGCAUUUGUCCACUGGAUCAACAAAGCCUUGGCGAAAGAUCCAGACUGCCAACACCUGCUGCCCAUGAACCCUGACGAUGAAAGCCUCUUCACCUCUGUCCGCGAUGGCAUCCUGUUAUGCAAAAUGAUCAACCUGUCUCAGCCUGACACGAUUGACGAAAGAGUUAUCAACACCAAGAAACUUUCCACCUUCAAAAUGACAGAGAAUCUGGUCCUGGCUCUGAACUCAGCCUCAGCAAUCGGCUGUACGGUGGUGAGCAUUGAUGCCCAUGAUCUGAUGGCUGGGAAACCCCAUCUGGUCCUCGGACUGCUCUGGCAGAUUAUCAAGGUUGGCCUCUUUGCUGACAUAGAAAUCAGCAGGAACGAAGGUCUGAUUGGCCUUCUGACAGAAGGGGAGCAUCUGGACCAUCUGAUGUCCCUCUCCCCUGAGGAGCUGCUGCUCCGCUGGGUCAACCAUCAUCUAAAAAACGCAGGAACAAAGACCAUUUGCAAUUUUAGUGAAGAUAUUAAGGACUCACGAGCCUACUUCUACCUGUUGGACCAGAUUGCUCUUCAAGGAGAGCACGACUACAAAAUGAUUGUCAAAAUUGACAUGAGCGGCCUCAAUGAGCCUGAUUUGGACCAAAGAGCUGAGCUGAUGCUGCAACAGGCGGCCCGGCUGGACUGUAGACAGUUUGUUUCUCCUCAUGACGUCACGUCUGGAAACAGUAAACUCAACUUGGCCUUUGUGGCCAACCUGUUCAACAUGCAUCCUGCUCUGCAGAGGGCUCACAGCAACGGCGUAGAGACUACACAGAUAGAGGCUGAGUCCAAUGAAGAGAAAACAUUUCGAAACUGGAUGAACUCUCUGGGCGUCUCUCCAUAUGUCAACCACCUGUACUGUGACCUGUGUGAUGGUUUGGUGAUCCUGCAGCUUUAUGAGAAGGUCAAUGUGCCUGUGAACUGGAAGAGAAUCAACAACCCUCCUUAUCCUGUCCUGGGGGCCAAUAUGAAGAAGCUAGAGAACUGUAACUAUGCAGUGGAGCUGGGCAGGGAUGUAGCUCACUUCUCUCUGGUCGGCAUUGGAGGAGAGAACUUGAAUGACGGGAGUCCAAUGCACACCCUGGCGCUGCUCUGGCAGCUGAUGAGGAGGUACACAGUGCUUGUUUUGUCAGAUUUGGGUGAUGGAGAGAAGGUGGGAGAUCAGAUCAUCCUCAACUGGGUCAACACCACCUUGAGCCAGAAACGCAAGGACACACAGAUCAGCAGCUUCAAGGACAAACUGAUCAGCACGAGCCUGCCAGUGAUUGACGUGAUCGAUGCCAUCGCUCCUGGUACAGUCAAAUGGGACAUGGUGAAGAGAGUAGAGAGGGGAGUGCUGAAGCAUGCCGAUAAACUCAGCAACGCUAAGUAUGCGAUCUCAUUGGCUCGCAAGAUUGGAGCUCGUGUCUACGCGCUGCCUGACGAUUUGGUGGAUGUGAAUCCCAAGAUGGUGCUGACCCUGUUUGCCAGCCUCAUGGGCCAUGGUUUGAAAAAGGCCAACCGCUGAAAAAGACAUGAACAAACCAUCUGGAAACCAACCACCAAUAUGCGUUUUGUUUCUAUGCAUUUUUUUGUCUUUUUGUUCCAUCUUUUUCUUAUUAAUGUAAUUUCUUUUCUUUGACUUUUAACCUUGCUCCAAACAGAGCAAGACAAUCUGUCAGUAUUUGUUAUUCUUUCAUGAUAACAACUUGAGCCUACCUAAAGUUGGAAAUCUUUUCUCAUCAGUGAAGCCACUGCAUUUGUUUGUUUGCUCAGAUAUUAUAGAACAAGCUCCUAAUUGCUCUUUGCUAUAUUAUAUUUAAUAGGACAUUACAUUUAUUUAAUCCUUCUGCUAAGUGAACAAUAAAGGAAAACAGCAGAAGAAAUGCAU